CCACGUGUUGGUCAUCGUGAGGUUUGCUUUUCACUCUAUACCCAUUUCUGCUUUUCUUUUGUUCCGUUUCCAACUUCUUCUUGGCUUUUUCUUUCCGUUCGCUUCUCUCUCUCCAGUCUCUCACCUUCUGCUUAUUUUCGAAGCUAGCUUUUUAUCUCUUCCGCGCCACUGUUGUUCCAGAAACGCUCAUGUCCCAAUUUUGGGGCUUUCAUGUGCAACUUUGCAAGCCCUUUGUGUUCAAGGAAACGGUGGUCUUUGUUUUUUGGAAAUUUUGUAUAUGCGUUUGCAAACCAUUUGUGCUGUAGAGUCACUCACCAAGACUUUGCAGGGCACAAGGGUUGAUUUGGACCUGGGCAACUAUGAACGCUUCCUAGAUGUGACUCUUACUAGGGAUAACAACAUUACCACUGGCAAGAUAUAUCAGGGAGGGAGACACCAUCAGUUGCUGGAAUCAUUAACCCCGGUUUUGAGGGAUUUCAAAAGCUAUUUUUCGGUCAAGAGGAAAUCGCCAUACCAGUGCACUCAAACAUUGAAGCAUCAUGUGCCGCACAUCCUACUGCUGAUGUCUUAAUCAACUUUGCUUCAUACAGAACUGCUGCCACUUCUUCCAUGGCUGCUCUCAAGCAACCAACCAUUAGAGUUGUGGCAAUCAUUGCUGAAGGUGUACCUGAGUUAGACACUAAGCAAUUGAUCGUAUAUGCUCGGGCAAACAACAAGGUUGUCAUUGGCCCAGCUACUGUUGGAGGAAUUCAAGCUGGAGCUUUUAAGAUUGGUGACACUGCUGGAACAAUUGAUAACAUUAUUCACUGCAAGCUAUACAGGCCUGGAUCUGUUGGUUUUGUCUCCAAAUCUGUAUGUAGCUAAUCCAAUAUCUUGAACUUCAGAUAAUUUGGUUAUUCAUAAGACUUUCAUGAUGUGUAUACCUUAAAUGUUUAGUGAAUUGGAAUUGAGUUCAUUCAUUUCUGUCCUCUGCCCUUAUGUUGGCAAGACUGUCCAGGUGAUGGUACAAAAUCACAAUGUUCAUAUGUCCUA